GCGUAAACUGCUAACGCUGUUGCGGCGUCAACACUUUAGUUUAGCAUCAAAAUCCGCCGGUUCGGGUCUGUACGUGUUCGGUUUGAUUUAGUAAAUCGUCCAGCAGCUGCAAAAAUGAUUUCACUCACGGAUUCACAAAAGAUUGGGAUGGGGCUGACUGGUUUCGGUGUCUUCUUCCUCUUCUUUGGGAUGAUGCUCUUCUUUGACAAAGCUCUCCUUGCGAUUGGAAACAUUCUGUUUGUGUCAGGCCUGUCCUUUGUCAUUGGCCUGGAGCGAACCUUCAGAUUUUUCUUCCAGAGACACAAAGUGAAAGCUACCAGCUUCUUCCUGGGAGGGGUGUUUGUGGUGCUGAUUGGCUGGCCGAUCAUUGGAGUUGUUCUAGAGUUGUAUGGUUUCUUCCUCUUGUUCAGGGGAUUCUUCCCAGUGGCGGUGGGGUUCAUCAGACGAGUACCAGUGCUUGGGUCUUUACUUAGUUUACCAGGAAUUCGAACUCUGGUGGAUAAAAUUGGAGAGAGCAACACUAUGGUAUAACAGCUGCCUUUUCUAUCGCAGAAGAACUUUAGCAUUCCUCAAAGCAGCAAAUGUGAAUCCAGACAUGUUACUGCAGAAAAGAGCCAGAAGAUGUUUGAUCGCAUAAUGUUCCUCCUGUGAGAAGGAAAUGGUUUUGUACUUUGUGCCACUGGACGUUACCAAGAGAUUCCUUUUUUUAAAGACUUGAAGCAGGUCUUUGUUUUUGUAUCAUUCCAGUUUGUUAUUUAUGGACUGACUUUGGACCACUGAACUGAUCAGUAAAGAGUUACUGAAGAUUUGUACAUUACAAACAAAAAAGACUGAGUUAAACGUUACCAGAACUGAUCAAAGUGAUGCUCAUCGUGAAGGUGUUUUACUGUAACUUUUGUAAAUGCGUACUUGAAAUAAAGUGUGCACUUUUUAUGA